AGUGCAAGCGUGCGGUUCGGGUGGCGGGUGCUAGUGCUGAUUGGUAUUAGGCAAAAUCUCCAAGGGUGGAUGAUCUUCUUUAUCGUCAUCAGUGCCGUGAUAGGCACCGGCAUAUUUAGCAAUGGCGGCUCUUCUGUUGAGAUUGCUGGCCCGGGGGGAGCACUGUUUGCACUUGUCAUUAUGGGUGAG